AUGGACGAUCUGCCCGAGCAGCAGACUCGCACGAUGCACUUGAUUCGAGAGCAUCCCGACUUCCAGCUUCAUUUGGGUUUUGAUGCGUGCUGUACGUGCGGCAAAGCUUUCUCAUCUGCAGCAUUUGCGAUGACGUGUCCCGGAUGUCAUCGCGUCAAGUAUUGCUCCGAAUCAUGUCGACAAAAGGAUUCCGAAGCCAUCUCGUUGACCAAUCUUGCUGACGUAGGGCAGGAAGAGGAAAUGGAUAGCGCUAUGGGACAUUCAUCUGUUAUGUGUGCCUUGCUGAGAUGUUGUCAGGACGACGAAGUUGUGAAAGAUAACGAAAGUCCAACCGACAUGGACAGAAAACGAGUACAGGCUGCGAGGGAUCGAAUUCAAAGUGAGCUAGAAUCGUAUCCCGCAACGCUGGCUAAUGUCAUCUCGGAAGGACCGUGUUAUCAAAGCGUUCUCAGGCUGAAAGCAUCAACAACCAAGACGUUGAUCGUCCAUGUGGUUGGAGCAUCAGACGAUGCCGAGCUCUGGGACUUAUCGAAAGAUGGGGGUUCAGACAAUGUAUUCGUCGCCUACACUGAGGCACUCUCAGAUCUUGCGACAAGUCGUGGAUUGGACGUUAUUAAGCUUGUAUUCGUUGGACCUGACUGUCCAGACACCAACGUCGAUGUUCGCAAAUCCUUCCAGUCUUUUGAAAAUCCUAAAGCAAUUUUUGGCGAGUUGCAGAUUCAGACAUUGAAAGGACUAUAUAAUGAAGAUAGAUUGGAUCAGCACGGCCUUCAAAAACCAGACAUCGUCAUUUUUUUCAAUCCCGGGUUUACGGUUCCAGAAUACAGUUGGAACGAAGCACUUGCUUCGAUCGAAAAGGGGACGCCGUUUUUAUCGACGACAAAUACCGAGCUCGAAGGCGUUGCCGAUUGUCAAUAUCUUAUGGAACAGGACAAAAUCGAAACCAUUCCACCUGGGCUGGCUCAUAUUUUUGACCUGUGCAGUGAAGGAAACGAGGAGACUGACGAUGAGGGUUCGCCCGGUACGGGGACAGCAUUUUUUAGCGUCAACCCGUUCAGCGGCAGCAGGAUUCGGCAGAGCGGGACUUUGGCAAACGACAUUUUUGUCAAAAAUCGGUGGAUUCUGGGAGGGAUUCUCAAUAGUUUUGAUCUUUCGAAAGCCAAUUCGGACACUUCAUCGAAAAGGCGUCGCGCUGCUUCGGACAGCAAAUUCAACAAUCCAGCUCUCAUUUAG